AUGUGCCCCGAGGACGAGAAUGAGAACGAGAAAACGCCGGGGCCGCUACUGCUGGUGACGAGGAGCUCGGAAUCGGAGGAGGAUGAAUCGUUCGAUCUCGUUUGGCAACGCAAACUCGCGCGAAGAGCGGAAGAGAAAGCGGAGAGAGAAAAGAAACGAAGAGAGAAACUGGAGAGGAAGUUGGUAAAACAAAGCGAGGAGAACGAACGGUUGCGGUGGGAAGUCGCGAGAGCGAAACGAGCGAUGCGGACGAUGGCGAGAGAAAUAGAGAAGCUGGGAAACAGCGAUGACGAAAAAGAGGAGGAGGAGGACGAAGGGAACGAUCAUCGCGAGGAAGAAAUGGUGGCGGUGCUGGAAAAGUUGGCGGCGUGCGAUGAAGACGAGGACGUAUCGACGAGCGGCGAAACGAGGGAAGGUGAGGGAGAGCAAGGAAAGGUAAUGCUUGUUCUCGAUGACGAAAAAGACGCCGAAUAUUUUUGGUCGAUAAACGAGGAUGGUCGCAUGAACGAGGAUGCUCGACCUGGGCGCGAUCGAUGCGUUGUUGUGUCUGCGCGAGAGGAAGGAUUCGGUAAACGCGAGAACGACGACGACGACGAGGAGGAUUUCUUCUCCUCUGAAAGAGCUCAACGUGUCGAGCAGAGUAAAACUGCCGAAUCGAAGAAUAAAUGUGAAAUUGCAGUAUACAAAGACCUAGACGAUGACGAGAGAUCCUUACUUGGUGGGCGAGAUGCAAUGGAGAUUGAACCGAUGCGCUCGAGCGAUUGCGCGACUCACAUUCUGUUACUCUUGUGCGAGAUCGUGAGAUUUUUACGGAUGGAAUGUUUGCCGUUUGACGACGACGGCGACGACUACAUAGGCAUCGAGGACACAAUGACCAACGGUAUCGAGCGAAACAAAGCAGAACGCGUACCUUCACUGGAUUCGAGAAGAUUCUCGAGAAUGAACUCCACAGUGCUCUCGCGUUCGUCGAUACACGUGCGAAGUAAUAGCAACGCGACGAGUGCGAAUAGGCGCAUCUCGACUAUUUACGAUAGUAAACCGAGCAUCUGUGGUGGCGUGCAUAAACGCUCCACAUUUUUCCGCAAGCAAGGAGAAUUGAACUCUGCAAAUUCUUCGCCAUCGAUUCAAUACGACUUGUUACGGUUCGUUAAAUCGUGGUUCAUCAAGUCCCACGGGUCUCACGAGCUCGCCACGUGGCACUUGCGAGCGUUCGCGGUGACGUUGCGAAAACUCAGAAAAAUAAAUAUUUGUAACGCCUCGACAUCUUCCAUAGCAACAAGUCACACGCCGUUGGCGAGAAUGUUUUCGCGCUUGAUGGGAUGUUGUCAGCCUUUACGCGCGGACGAGCGAGUGUUUGUAAUGACUGCAUUUUCUGCGAUGCUGCCUCCAGAACGAAGCGCGAUGAAAGUACCGGUCUGUAAAAAGACCCAAACGCCGAUGGUUUUCCUCGACGAAGCCGAACGAGGUAUUCACUACGCGUUUCGACGGAACAAGAUACCAACGCAACUGCGAAGUGCGUUGCGGAACCACUCGGUAUCGAGCGAUGGCUAUAAUUUUCAGGAUUUGCAACAAAAAUAUUUUGCCGGGUUGAACGACGAUCGAUACGCGAUUGAUGUAGGAAUAGCGUUGGAUCUCGCGUUGACUGAACUCAUUCAACUCAAAAAGAUGGCUAAAGUCAAAUUUUCGGAAACAUUCGAUGCAGUCUUUCGACACAGAGUUUCUAAACCUCUCAUGCACCGACCAAUCGUGAGAACUUUGCUUAAAGAAGCUGGCGCGAGCGGUGAGGAAGCCGACGCACUCGCUGCGGAAGUUUUCGAGGCGUGUCACGAAGAAACGAAACGCACGAUGUUGAAACAGCGCAAUGAUAUAGUCGAUACAAAUUUAGAAGGAGUAGAUGCGGAGUUAGCACUCGAAAUGGGUGUGCUAUCGAAAGGUAUCUUUGCGAAGUGUGCGAGUGAAAUCGUCCCGGGCAUAUGCCUCAAUGAUACUGCCAGCGAAAACAACAGAGACGAAAACAACGAAAUAAUACCAUCCAACAGCAACAUAAACGAUACAAUCACGAACGAGCACACUAGCCCCAUACAGUUGGAUGGCGGAGAGAACUCUUCAACAUCAUCACCACUGUCGAUGGCAACCGUCGCCGCUGCCCCCGCGUCAUCGGCAUCCAUCGAAGUCGUCCUCUCCUUGGACGCGCUCGCGUACGCUUGGAACAAAACCGAAGCUUUCAUCGACAAAACGCUCGCCUCUCGUGCAGAGACAAACUUCAUCGGCGACGAUGUCGUUGAUACCAGUCGCUCCUCUUCUACGUCGUCCUCUUCGAAAACAUUCGCGCUCUUCAAAGCCCAACCGGCGGACCCUCAAAAACGUCGAGACGUGAACGAACUGUUCGAGCGGGCGGAAAAACUCCGCCGCACGAUGUCGUACGCCUUGCGCGCAGCGCGAGCGCUCUCUCGCGGCACUACUCGCAGCGCCUCUUCCUCCUCCUUUGCUUCAGGGGCAUCCCCUCCCUCCUCCGCCGCCAACGCCAAAUCCUCCUGCGACGAAAACGUCAAAACCGCGUGGUCCACGUACUGCGGGGCGACGUGCGCCUUCGAACGCGCCGUCCAAGCGCACCGCGCGGCGUUAGGAUUGGGGCUACGAGAAUAUGAUAGCACAGGCAAUAGUAGUAGUAGUAGUAGUAGCAGGAGCAGCAGCAGCGCGUCGUGCGGGUCGUUUUGGUUUUAG